AUGUCACGCAGAGCAGCACCCCGCACCACAUACCACAACCUCGCAAAGACAAUCAUCAAUCGCACCGCAACAUUCACAACAACGCCAGCACAACCAAUGUCUGAAACCCCACCAGCACAAGUCCCCACCCGCGGUCGCGGCGGCGGUCGUGGAGGUCGUGGAGGUCGUGGUGGUAGCCGUGGAGGUCGUGGAGGAGGCGGCGGCGGUAACAACGAGGACCGCACAAUCUCAAAGGCGCUCAGUCUCACGCUCCGCCACGCCGCCGAGAAGGAGGGGCUGAAGCUGCGCAGUGAUGGGUAUGCUAAUGCUGCGGAACUGCUCGCGAUGCCGAAAUUCAAGAAGCUAGGCCUGACGUUCCCGCGGCUGCAGCAGAUCGUAAAGGACAAUGACAAGCAGCGAUACACGCUCGUUCUCGCAUCGACCGUGCAGCCCGCCGACGGCCCUGUCAUUCCCGCCGCCGCCGGAGGCGAAGCUGCCGCAGAGAUAGUUGCAGGGCUCAGCAUCACCGAAGCCCCAUCCUCCGCCGCAGCAACCGAAGCCGCCGCCUCCGACCCCUCCCAAUACCUGAUCCGCGCCAACCAGGGCCACUCCAUCAGUCUCUCCUCCGAGUCGCUACAGCUCACGCCGCUCGACCCGGCCACGCUGUCGGUGGCCGUGCACGGCACCUUCUACGGCGCGUACGAGGCGAUCGUGGCCUCUGGCCACCUCUCGCGCAUGGGGCGCAACCACAUCCACCUUGCUGCGGCCGAGACGGGGGUGAUCUCGGGGAUGCGUGCGGAUGCGGAGGUGCUCGUGUUUGUUGAUGUUGUGCGCGCGGUGGAGGAGGGGGGGCUUUCGUUUUGGAUGAGUGCUAAUGGGGUGGUGUUGACGGAGGGGGAUGAGAAGGGGUGCCUGGAUUUGAGGUUUGCGGUGAAGAUUGUGGAUCGGAGGGGGGAGUUGGGGGUGUUGUGGGAGGGGGGGAGGGUGGUGAGGGAGUUGCCGGAGGAGUUGAGGGGGCGGCCGGCGCCGAGGGGGAAGGGGAGGGGUGGGAGGGGUGGGAGGGGCGGUAGGGGGAGAGGUGGGAGGGGAGGGGACGGGGUGGUGGUGCAGCGGAGGUGGUGGAGGAGAGGGUUGAUGCGGGGGAUCCAUAGGCGUGGGAGGUAG